ACCGUACUAUUCUUUGACUUUCUUUCGUUUCAGUUUCGGCUGCCUUCUGGUAUCUCGUCGGAGCAGCUAGCUAGCGCCGGCGAUUUUUUAGAAAAGGCGAAGUCGCGGUGCCGGGGAUGCAAAAUAUGAUGAUUCUUUAAAGACUAAUGAUCUUUAAUGCUCUCGGGUUGAAACUCAAGUUGUUAUCUCAGUCGUUUUGCAUUUUAUGGAUCCUAACAGUUUCACCGAUGAGAAGAAUGACAGUAGGCUUUAUAUUGGCAACCUUGAUCUAAGAAUAACUGAGGCUGCUUUGAUCAAGAUGUUUUCUCCAUAUGGGAAAAUUGUUUCUGAGGACUUCCUGUGGCACACUCGUGGACCAAAACGUGGAGAACCCCGGGGUUUUGCUUUUAUCGAAUAUAGCACUAAAGAGUGAGUAUGCAGGAAGCUAAAUUGGCCAAGGAGAAGAUGCACGGGAGAUUAGCUUGUGGCCGUCCAUUGGUGGUCCGGCUAGCUAGUGAGAAAUACAUUGAGGAAGCAACACAAAAUUCUUCUAGAGUGGGAGGUGAGGCAGUUAAAAUUGGCAUUGCUGGUAGCAAUUCAGGGCAGAUGAGCCGGAGUGCUAAAAUCACUGCAAUUAAGAACAAAUUGAAGGCCUUGGAGGAAGAGAGUGGCAGUUCAAAGAAGCAGAAGCUCUCCAACAUCUCUAGUAACAACAGCUUUGGUCCUCCAUCCAACAAAAGAUGAUAUUCUAGGAUGCCAAUAGAAAUCUGUCAAGUCUCCACGAGAACUUAUCUCAAUACUUGUGCUGGAUUUCUCAUUCUGUUGUUGGUAUGAGCGAAGGUGAAACUGUGACACCAGAUGAAGAACUGAUCAACUCCCUAACCUUACACGGGUGAUUUAAUUCUGCUAGUAAUAUUGUUAACCUGACUUGAAUCAAAGGCGGAAUUUGUAUUUGAAGUAGUUGUCUUUUAUGAAAUUGGUUGAGCAGAUUUCAGAAGUCAUGAAAUUCCAUCUUACAAUUUGGCUUAAAUUCUU